AUGCGUUUCUCAACAGUUCUCUCAGCUCUUUUGCUGUCCAGCACAGCGCUCGCAACUCCAGCGCAGGUAUCCUCACCAGUCGGUGCUUCAACACAAGGGAGUGUAGCAGAGGAACAGCCGGUAGCGCAGACAACAGCCGUAGCAGAGGCCACUCCUGUUGCGCAACAAAGUGCAAGCACCAACCAGCAGAAUGCCAACGCUGCCAACCAGGAGCAGAGCGCCAGCGUCAACACCCAAGCAGCAGCAGCACCCGCAACCAGUGCCAGCCCUCAGACCACUGAGAAUGCCGAAUCGCCGGCCAGCCAGACUGCCAGUCAGAAGGACGGCAACCCGCUGAAUAUCCUGACCAACCUGGUUCCAACGCACACUGCUGGUGAGCAAACCCAAAGUGUCUCUACGGCCGUUCCAACUACUGCCUCUGCGGAGAGCUCCUCUAACUCUGAGACUGCCACACGUGCAGCUGCGACAACCGCUGCCGCUAGUACCGCUUCAAGCUCGUCUUCGUCUGGGGGUGCAUCGGACGGGUUUUCUGGAAACAUCUUUCAAGAUCUGCAGAAUAUGUUACAAGGCAUUUCGGGCCUCCUGUCUCCCACCUUGCUGAAGGAUAUCGAAUCCUUCUUCCAUCACUUCGCAUACCUGUUCGAUGAUAAAACCACCGACCAGACCAAGUCUUUGAUCGAUACUGGAUACAACCUCCUCACUCCUGAGCUGACCAAGGAAGUACUGGGUCUCUUGAGUAACGCCAAUGCUUUGCUCACGCCUAGCUUUGUGAAUGAAACUCAAGAGCUCAUCGGCGCAGUCGGUCCGCUACUCACACCUCAACUGUUCAAGCAGAUUUCGACCCUGCUGAACAAUGGCAAUAACCUUCUGACCGCUGACUUCGUCAAGGAAGUCAACGGCUUGAUUGGUAACGCCAACACUUUGUUGACAGCUGAUUUCGUCAAGGAGACCCGCGCCCUUAUUGAGGCUGUUGGUCCUUUGUUGACACCUGAACUGUUCAAGCAGAUUUCAACUCUGCUGAACAACGGUAACAGCCUGCUGACUGCAGACUUUGUCAAGGAGGUCAAUGGUCUGAUUGGCAACGCCAACACCUUGUUGACAGCUGAUUUCGUCAAGGAGACUCGCGGCCUCAUUGAAGCUGUUGCUCCUGUUUUGACACCCGAGCUAUUCAAGCAGAUUGGCACUCUACUGGUUAAUGCCAACACUCUGUUGACUGCAGACUUUGUCAAGGAGAUCAAGCAGCUCAUCAAUGCUGUUGGUCCUCUGCUGUCGGCGGAUCUAUUCAAGGAGAUCAGCAGUCUGAUGACUAAUGCCAACGACCUGUUGACACCAGAGUUCGUCAAGGAGACUUCCAGCCUGAUUGGAGCCGUUGCUCCUUACAUCACUCCUCAACUGCUCAAGUCUGUCGGCGGCUUGUUGAACAACGCCAACGACCUGUUGACUCCAGACUUCGUCAAGGAAACCAAGAGCUUGAUCGGCGGUAUUGCUCCUGUGCUGACACCCGGCGUGCUCGCCGAGGUUGGUGCCUUGCUGACCAACGCCAACGAUCUUCUCACGCCAACCUUCGUCAAUGAAACCCAGGGCCUGAUUGGUGCUGUGGCACCAAACAUCACUCCUCAGCUCUUCAAGGAGAUCAGCAGCUUGCUGAAUAACGCCAACUCCUUGUUGUCCACUGACAGCGUGAAUGAGAUUCAAGGCCUGCUGAGCAACGCCAACGAUCUGCUGACACCCGACUUUGUCAAGGAGACAAAGAACCUGAUUGGCGAUGUCUCACCAGUCAUCACACCCGAGCUGCUGGGACAAGUCGGAGGCCUCCUGAAUAAUGCCAACAACCUACUCACACCCAAGUUUGUCAACGAGACACAAGACUUGAUCUACGAGGUCGCCCCUGUCAUCACUCCCGAGCUUCUGGCCGAAGUCGGCGGCCUGCUGAACAACGCCAACAAGCUCCUCACCACCAAGUUCGUCGAGGAAACUCAGAACCUGAUCGACAGCGUGGGACCUGCCCUGACCCCCGCCCUGUUCACCAACGUCACCUACGUCCUGGGCAAUGCCACCCAGUUGCUGACGCCCAAGUUCGUCAACGAGACAAGAGACCUGAUUGAUGAAGUCUCCCCGGUCAUCACGCCUGACCUGCUUGCAGAAGUCGGCGGUCUCCUCAACAACGCCAAUGAUCUUCUCACCCGGAAAUUCGUGAAUGAGACACAGAUCCUGAUCGAGGAUGCAUCUGAGUUGCUCCCCGUCCUCGUGAAGAUCUUGGGCACUUUGUAA